AUGGCCAAACGCAAGAGAGAUGAAGUGGCCAAAGAGCCUCAGCCAGUACAACCGGCAAAAUUGGCCAAAUCGACAAAAAAAAGAGAAUAUUCGUCCUCCGAACCAACCGACAGUGCCUCUAUCACGUUACAAAUAGUUACAGGCUCAUAUGAGCGAGUCCUACAUGGAUUCACGGCAUCCAUUUCAUCGACAUGCUAUUCAGAUGAAGGCAAGGAACCCUCUGAUUGUUCCUCACUGGUUCAAUUUGUGGAUACGUUUUUGUUCGAAGCCCAUUCGUCUGCGAUCAAGUGUUUGGCCCUGUCCCCGUUGCCCAAGGCAGAUUCUACCGAGCCUCCGAGAGUCAUUUUGGCUAGCGGUGGUAGUGAUGAGCGCGUCAACCUCUAUACACUGUCUGCGGCGCCUCCGACAGUGAACGAGCACUAUCCAACAGUUCCCACCCUCGCCGGUAACACGAUUCUAGAAAAUCCUAAGAACAAGGAGCUUGGGGCCCUGCUUCACCAUGCCGCACCUAUCACCUCUCUUGUAUUUCCUUCACGGUCGAAGCUGCUGGCUUCUGCUGAGGAUAACACCAUUUCAGUCAGCAAAACUCGUGAUUUGACCGUGGUCUCUACAAUUAAAGCCCCUCAUCCCAAGGUCCAGGGCAGACCUAGUGGUGAUACCGCACCUCCCGGAGGCUCUCCGUCUGGUGUCAAUGACUUUGCCGUACACCCAAGUAUGAAGCUAAUGCUGAGUGUGGGGAAGGGAGAGAAGUGCAUGCGACUGUGGAACCUGGUCACGGGAAAGAAAGCCGGAGUAUUGAACUUUGACAGGGAGAUUUUGCAAAGCGUCAAGGAGGGCAGAUGGAGCACUGGAGAGGGAAGAAAAAUAGCUUGGAACACGGCUGGAGAAGAGUUCGCCGUAGCGUUUGAAUGGGGUGCUGUGCUUUUUGGGAUUGAUUCAACGCCGAUUUGCAGAGUCUUUCCGGGACCCCGAAGCAAAUUGCACGAGAUCAAGUACGUUUCGGUGGGCGAUGAUGAGCUAUUUGCAGUCUCCACGGAAGAUGGCAGAGUCAUAUUCUACUCAACGAAGAACGUGCGAAAAGCAGACGAAGACGACGAUUCGUCUAUUCCGCACGCCGAGCCAAUUGCGCAGCUUGGAGGCAAAUCUCAAGGGUUUCCGGGAAGGGUAAAGGGCCUUGAGAUACUAAGCCUGAAGGGCCAGCCGGGGGUCAAGGGCGAGGACUUUGCGGUGGUCACGGCGAAUAGUGAAGGUGUCGUGCGUGUCUGGCGGUUGCUUGGAGCCCAGUUACGCAAUGCUGGUUCGAAGAAGUCUAGUGACACGAAGGAUCUCCAAGUGGGCAAGCUCUUGAACUCCUAUGAGACGGGAAAUCGAGUCACCUGUCUGAAAGCCUUUGUCAUGAUGCCCGCUGAGGAACCCACGCCAGAGGAUUUCGAGUCUACUGAUGAGGGAAGUGAGGAUGUUUCGAGUAGUGAGGAAAGUGGUGAUGAAUAG